AUGAAAGAUGGCUCUCUGCCCGCUAAACCCCGCGGGCAGAAAUCGGUAUUUUCAGCCUGGAAACAAGCAGGGUUUUGGGCUGUUUGGGGUCCACAGUUUGCAAUCUUUCUCUUCUUGCUGUUUUUCUACACUUUCGGUUUCAUGUCGAUGCCCAGCAUAUGUGUAAUAUUGUCAGCCUUCUUCCUGAUGAUAGCUGGGAUGAUGUUUGCAUUCAAGCACGAAGUCCGGGUCUUCCUGCCGGCCUCCUUGAUGCUGCCCGUAGCCGUUGCUGCGGGCUCCGUUGGUGGUCUCUACACCUACGACGUGUAUGCCAUCUACCCGCAGUUCUACAGUAAUGCUCGGGUCUAUACCGAUGUGCUCCCAUCACAGCCCAGUGCUGCCGUGGCAGAUGCCGGAAAACUAGUGUUUGCUUCCUCGGCGUUCGUAGACAUAAAGCAUUCCAUCUCCUACAUUACGGAGCGUGGGUCCAUCUUCUGUGUGGCGCCGGUGCGCGACGCCACCCAGCAUGAGCAGAUGCAGUACUGGGCGGUGGGCACCGGAUGCUGCUCGCUUGAAGGAGGAGACUUCUGGUGCGGAGAUGCGAAAGAUAACAAGGCUUCGGGUGGUAUCGUCAUCUUUGACAACGAGGGAUUCUUCUCCUCCAGCAGCUAUGACGAAUACCGGAAGGCCAGCCGAAAAGCAGAGGCAACCUACAACCUCAUAUCUGUCCCAGAACCCAAGUAUGUGCGCUGGGUCCUAGAUGAUAAUCUCGACGCUCUGGCCAAUGAGUUCAGCCUGAAGGCUGCCCUCACUCUUUCUGGACUGACGUUUGCAUAUGGCCUGGUUUCCUAUGGAUUGGUUGUCCUUACUGGCAAACUGCCUUGA